AAAUGAAUUUACUGCAUUGUCUAGCUACUCCAAUUAUUAAUAUAAUUAAUAAAACAAAGAAAAAAAAAAUAUGGUACUAUUUCCAAAAUCAUAUUUCAUGCCAAAAUGUAUAAUUUCCAAGUAUAUAAUAAGCUAUGGUUAUUUAAGUUCUCAUCACAUUAGUUACUUCCUUUCUUCAACUCAACUCUAAUCAUCAAAUGAAAUGUGAAUAAUCGACGUUUGUUUAUCUCUUUUACUGUCGGUGCUUGCAAUAUAACGAUCUUCGCUAUAUUAUUAUAUCUCGUUUUCUACAUCGCCAUAAUGAAUUCAUGCAACCACAAGGUCAUUACAUGCAAAGGUGCUGUUGUAUGGAAAUCAGGAGAAAAAUUAAAAAUAGAAGAGAUAGAAGUGGAUCCACCAAAAUCAACAGAAGUUAGAAUUAAAAUGAUUUAUUCCAGUUUAUGUGGCACUGAUGUUCUUUGCUGCAACGGCUUUCCAAAGCCUUUGUUCCCUCGUAUUCCUGGGCAUGAAGGAGUUGGUGUGGUAGAAAGUGUGGGUGAAAUGGUAAAGAGUUUGAAAGAAGGAGACAUAGUGAUGCCACAUUUCUUGGGAGAAUGUGGUGAAUGUCCAAAUUGCGAAUCCAAAAAAUCCAAUUUAUGCCAAAAAUACCCUUUAAAUUUUAGUGGAUUAUUAUUGGAUGGAACAUCAAGAAUGUCCAUUAAUGGUCAAAAGAUUUAUCACCAUGUUAGUUGUUCUACAUUAUCAGAAUACAUAGUUCUUGAUGAAAACUAUGUAAUUAAGGUUAAUCCUAGAUUACCAAUUAAACAUGUUCCUUUCUUAUGUUGUGCAUUUACAACUGGUUUUGGAUCAACAUAUAAAAAUGUCAACAUUGAAAGAGGUUCAACUGUUGCUGUUCUUGGUCUUGGAGGUGUUGGACUUGGUGUAGUUGAAGGAGCUAGACAAAAAGGAGCAGCCAAAAUAAUUGGGAUGGAUAUACAUGAAAUGAAGAAUGAAAAAGCAAAAAUAUAUGGAAUUACUGAUUUUAUAAAUAUAAAUAAUUCUGAAAAAUCAAUUUCAGAAUUAAUUAAAAAUGCUACUGAUGGACUUGGUGUUGAUUACUUCUUUGAAUGCACAGAUGUGCCUCAACUCACCAUCAAUGAAGCUAUUCAAUCAACUAGAAUGGGUUAUGGAACAGUGAUAGUGCUUGGAGCUGGACUUGUGUUAGAUUGGCAAAUGAGUUAUGUCCCUCUCAUGUUUGGUAGAACACUUAAGGGAUCAAUCUAUGGUGGCAUUAGAACUUACACAGAUCUUCCAUCUAUAAUUGACAAAUGCAUUAACAAGGAGAUCAAACUAGAUGAAUUAUUGACACAUGAAGUUUCAUUCAAUGAUAUAAACAAGGCAUUUGAGUUCUUGAAAGAACCAAAUUGUGUGAAGGUACUUAUCAAGUUUUGAGCUGCCGCUAUGCGCGGUGUCCGGGGAAGGGCCCCGCCACAAGGGUGUAUCGUACGCAGUCUUACGUAUGUAACAAUAAAAAUUCAGCAAUAAGGAUAUGGAGUUCAAAAUAUGUCUUGCAUUCAUUCGUUUGAUGCAAAUAUGCAUUCGAUGAGUUCGAACA